AUGCAGACCAUCAGAAAAGAAGGGCCACAAGGAUUAUACAAAGGAGCCACUCCUCCGCUGGUAGGAUGGAUGUUCAUGGACAGUCUGAUGCUGGGUAGCUUGACCUUCUACCGGAAACUGCUGAACGAGCGUGUCUUUCAGCCUAUGCAUGAGACUAGAGCCGCAGCCGGCGUAUACGCCGUGCCUUCGGACAAGACGCUACCGACGAUAGGCCAUGCCAUUGCAGGAAUAAUGGCCGGAAGCACGGUUUCGUUCAUCGCUGCGCCUGUCGAACACGUCAAAGCGCGCCUGCAGGUGCAGUAUUCAGCCGACAAGUCGAAACGUCUGUACUCUGGUCCUAUAGAUUGUUCACGCCAAAUCUUGCGCCAACAUGGAUUACGAGGGUUAUAUCAUGGACUCGGAGCGACGCUGAUAUUCCGUACCUUCUUUUUCUUCUGGUGGGGUUCGUAUGAUCUGUUUACGAGAUGGUUCAAGAAGAACACUGCAAUGUCGACACCAGCUAUCAACUUUUGGGCCGGAGGACUGUCGGCGCAAGUUUUCUGGCUGACGAGUUAUCCUUCGGAUGUCAUCAAGCAACGCAUCAUGACAGACGAUUUGGCGAACCGAAAGUUCCCUCGCUGGCGAGAUGCCGCGAGAGCUGUAGGAAGGGAGAAUGGAUGGAAGGGCUAUUGGCGCGGCUUCGUUCCGUGCUUCUUGCGCGCUUUUCCGGCAAAUGCAAUGGCGUUGGUCGCAUUCGAAGGUGUUAUGAGGAUGCUUUGA